AUGCUCGCGUCGAGGGACAUGCGGGACCCGGCGCCAAAGUGGGCGCCGGAAACCGUCGAGCGGAGUCCUUACGGUCCGCUCGAUGUCGGCGAUGAGCUUUUUUCGCCGCCGUCCACCAGCGGGGGACGGGACUCGGAAGUGCGCCAGAGGUGGCAGGCGUAUUCAGAUGGAGCUUUUGGCAGCGUCGAGCCGAACGUGAAGACCGCCGCGGGAGCCGAGGACACCGCGAGAGCGUACGGCGUCCUUCCCAGACGCGUGAUGGAUGACUACGACGACGUCAACACGAGCGUGCGCCCGCGUAUCAUCGACGCCGAGACCAUAAUAUCCUUUGCCGCGGCCGCCGCAUCACCGGCCAAGUUCGAAUCGUCGGAAGUGCCGACCGCCAAACGAGUCGACCCGUCACCGCCUCCUCGCCGAGCCUUGGAUUUUGCGCGCUACGAGGCAUCCGCCCAACGCGCGCGAACUGGGUUGGGGGCAUCGACGGCCCGGUCCGUCGACGCUGAGAUGGCCAAGGAGCAGGCGCGCGACGCGCUGCUAUCGUUCCUCGAGCACAAGACUCGCCUGCGAUUGAGCCGAGGCUUGCAACGACGUGCGUUCUCUAUGUGGAGGUCCUUGGCGGCCGAAGCCGUCGCGGUGCGCCUGCGUCCCAGGCUCCAAUCACCGCCAUCGCCAGCACCCGCGCCCGUCACGCGACCCGCGUCGCCGCCGGAUUCGCCGCCUCGGACCUACGACGAGUCGCAUCCGAGCUACGGGGUGAUGGACGAGAAACUGCGACGCUGGCUCGGCACCUAUGCGCCGGCGUCGGAACCCGCGCUGCCCGGCGACGUCCUGAGGCGCGCACACCGCGUGGCCGGUAGCGGCGCCAGUCUCGAUACCCUCGAGACCCUGGUGGAGGCGCUGCACGCCGCGGAGGACCGAGUGAAGGACGUCGAGGCUGAGAACGCGGCUCUCGGCAACGACCUCUACGCGGCGUCGGUGGUGAUGGAAGAGAUGGAGGCUGAGUGCGUCGCGUUGAGGGAGGGCGUGAGGCGAGAGAGGGAUCGCGCGGAUAAGUGGGAGGCACGGGCGAGGGAGGCGGAGGAGGCGGAGGAGGGUCGUGCGGACGAGAACUUGAAGCGAGAGGUGGAGAGGCUUGAGGAGUACGCUCGGUCGCUUCGGACGCAGUGGCCGGUUGCGGUGGAGCGAGCCGCGCGGAGGAUGCGACUCGAGGACGAGGACGCGCGUCGGCACGAGGGAUGCCGGGGACGCGCCGACCGUGUCGACGAUUACGGUUGGAACUAA